AUGUCCUCAGCACCUAGGAAGAAGGUUCUAUUGAAAGUCAUCAUUCUGGGCGAUAGCGGGGUGGGCAAGACUUCUCUAAUGAAUCAGUACGUUAAUAAGAAGUUCAGUCCGCAAUACAAGGCGACUAUUGGGGCUGAUUUCCUCACGAAGGAGGUGACGAUCGACGACAAGGUGGUGACACUUCAAAUUUGGGACACAGCUGGCCAGGAGAGAUUCCAAAGUCUAGGAGUGGCGUUUUACCGUGGUGCUGAUUGCUGUUGCUUGGUCUAUGAUAUCACCAAUCCGAAGAGUUUCGAGAGCUUGGAUUCCUGGCGGGAUGAAUUCCUCAUACAAGCAUCACCGAAGGACCCCGAGGAAUUCCCAUUUGUGGUAGUCGGGAAUAAAUUGGAUAUGGAGGCAAAGCGCAAGGUGUCGAAGGCAAGGGCUACCACUUGGUGCAGAUCUAAGAAUACUAUUCCAUGUUUUGAGACUAGCGCUAAGGAUUCCCUCAAUGUUGAGCAGGCUUUCAUCGAAAUUGCACGACGGGCACUGCAGAACGAGGCAGCAAUGGCUAAGGAGCAGGAGCAGAUGUAUUUGUCCCAAACACUGAACUUGAAUAACCCUCCUGCGGAGAGCCAGAGCUCCAAUGUACAGCAGUGCGAGUGCUAGAAGCGUAGUAUCAUUGUCUAUCGUCGUCAUCAACUUCCCGUUAGUGUCGUUUCUCGUUAAUAGUACUAGAUGUUCUAUGCUGUUAAUACUACUGCGGCCUAUAGAGUGUCUAGCUGAUUGAUCCUAUUCCUACUGUGAAGAUGGCUCUGACAAUGUUGCAUAUAUACUACCUAAU